AUGGCAUCUCAUGCGCUGGCAGAGGUGCAACGGGAGCACGAGUUCAUGCAGACCGCAGAUGCAGUGAAUAAAUUUAUCAUCUCAACAACGCAGUUUUUGAACCGGUUUGCGGCCCAGUGCGACAACCAACUCUUUGAGGUUUCGCGCUCGCUGCAGCGCCUGGAGAUUCUCACACUGCUGCUAGAAAACAAACUUAACAGUGUUGACGAUGACCUUGACGAAAUGGUCACGGCGUUACCGACGUUAUCGGCAGCUGCCCUCUCUCAAACGGCGGCGGCUGGGGUCAGCAACUCCUACCCCUUAGCCAUUGUGGAUUGCCCGGCUCCACCACCCAUGCCGGGUCUUUUGUCGUCAUUUGGUAGCCAUCAACAUCCACCACCGCCGCCACCGCCGCAACGCAACGGUCCCCCUCCACCGCCUGGGGCAGUUUCUUUAUCCCGUACAAAUGUUACAACAGCUGCGCCGCUUCAACCUCUGCCCCCUGUUGCUCCUUCCAUGCUGCCGCCUGCUUUGCCAGUUCAACUCCAAGCAGGACUUGCACUCCCACCGCCUCCCCCAAUGCCUCUUUUGGGUGGCUACACAAUGUGUACGCAUCCUCGCUUGCAAGGGUAUUUCCAGAUGUUGGCGUUGCGUGUUCCAAUUGCAUCGGUAAAGGCAAAAAUGCAGAUGGACGGUCACAAACCAGAGUGGCUGGACACUCCAGAUGCAGUGGCACCAACCACGAUACCUCUCAUGAACAGUGCUCUGUACGAUUCGGAUUGA